GAAUCCGAACUCGGGGUGCGAUCUCACCUCCGACCGAUGCCCCGACCGAAACUACAGUCGUGAACAAAUGCACAAAUAAUUCUCCGCACGAGGGCCUCACCAUGGGUUGCGGAGAAGAGAGGAUUGACUGCUGAUGCGACCGUGUUUGAUCGCCUCUCGCCUCCAGAAAACACCAUCAAGAUGUCCACCACGACCACUACCAUGCGAGCCUGGACCUACACGCAGUCGGGACUUCCAUCGCAAACCGUCGUUCUAGAUGAGGAGGCCCCUGCGCCCACAGCAGCCGAGCUCGCGCCCGACGAGCUCCUCAUCGCGGUCAACUAUGUGGCCAUGAACUCAGGGUUCACGACGAUGAUGCGCUCCCUGCCGCCGCAGCCCUACUCCCUGCCGCAUAUCUACAACCGCCAGGAGCGCCUGGGGGUCCCCGAGUUCGAAUUUUCGGGGCGCAUUCUGGCCGUCGGGUCGGCCAUCCCCUCGACUCGACCCGACCUUCAGCCCUCCAUUCUCGUCCUGGGCUGCUGUGCGGCCAAACGGGUCUUUGUCCAAGGGAAAGGGGCGUUGGCCGAACGGGUCAUUGCGCCGGCCGCCCAACUGAUCCCCUUGCAGGCCCCAGGCCCUGAACCUACUAUCACCACCCAAGAGGAUGAUCAUGAACCCCGAGCCUUGGAGCCAGCACUAGCACCAGCACCGGCACCGGCCACCCUAUCCCUCCUGGAAGCCUCCGGCCUCAGCGCCUGCGGCUGCACGGCCGUACAGGUCCUGGACCUGACUAAGUUGAUAGCCGGGGACAAGCUGUUCGUGAACGGGGGCAGCACCAGCGUGGGCAUGCUAAUCAUCCAGGUCGCGCGCCACGUACUGGGGCCGACCGGCACGAUCGUCGCGUCCGGCACCGACGCUGCGCUGAUCCGGUCGAUCGGCGCGGACGAGGUCGUCGACUACCAGGCCCAGCACCCCCUGCACGAGUACCUGCGCACCCACCACGCCGACCGGCCCUUCGACGCCAUCAUCGACUGCGUAGGCGUGACGGAGCUCUACACGCGCUGCGCACCGUAUCUUGCGUCUGGCAAACCGUUCAUCAACCUGGGCGCCAUGACAGCCCGCCCCACAUUUUGGGGCCUGCUCUCGUUUGUCUGGAAUCAGCAUAUGGUGCCCCUGUGGCCGGUCGUGCUGGGCGGCGUGCCCCGCCGCUAUCAGUUCUAUAGUGCCCGACCGAACCGGGAGUCUUUGGGCAGGGUGAUGCGCUUGGUGCAGAACGGGGAACUGAAGAUGGUGGUGGAUUCGGUGUGGGAGAUGGCGGACGCGAAGAUGGCUUAUGAGCGGAUGGAGAGUCAUCGGGCCAAGGGCAAGGUCAUUGUUCGCGUGCAGGAGGAGUGAGUUGCUGACGUUGCGCUGCGCUGGUGGGAUGUCGGUAGAACGUCUUAUCAUGACUGGAAUCAGAUUUGAUCACUGUCAAAAUACUCCCCAGUGAGGCUCUCGCGAGUCUAUUUACAACAUGAGCUCCUUUCUACAUCGACUUUUCAGAAGAAAUGAGUCUAAACUAUUUGCAACAUAUUCACGUACAGACACUAGACAUGGCAUUAAUUGAGUAUAAGGACAUACUCAAAUUCGGAACUACGAACUGGACCUCCUCGCAGCUUAAUCCACCGACCCAUCCACUUGCUUACAAUCGACUUGACCUCAUUCAUCAGUCCUAGAUCCAGCAGUAAUUGCGUCGUACUACGAACCGCCG